GGACGGAUCUUUUCAGAUCUUCCUUGGGGCUCACCAGAUGCUGCCAUCACACAAAGACAAUGGGGUCCAGCUAGCUAGCUAGAGUACUGGGGAAGGGAAGGUGAAUGCAUUGAAGGGAAACCGGCAUUCAAUGGCCAAGUCGCUCUCUGUUGGAUUACAAACCCCCACUUACUUGAGUGUAACGGCGCUACACCAAUAUGAAUCUCCUCCGUUCCUUCCUUUUCCUUCAAGCUACCUUACAGGUGGUAGCUUCAUCCAAAGAGGGAGAAGACAAUGCCCAGACGACACGUAAUCUCCGGAAGCUCUGGUUCGCUGGAGCAGCAAAUGACCAGCAAAACAGCAACACGGACGGGCACCUUGGAAGCUUUGAUGAGCUGCAUGGUAUGGACUUGCUGACGGAAAGCACUGGUGGUAUCCAAGGUGGCGAUUCGGGAGGCGGCGAUUCGGGACUUCCAUCUCUGGAAAUCGCGCAAAUUUUGAUCGAGCUUGACAAAUUGCUUACCACUGCAGAGGACGCUGAAACUUUGGAAGAUGCCCAAGCGGCCCAUAGUGAUAUGCGUUUCAAAGUAGAGGAGUUGAUGAUCCUGUUCCCUCCCCCGCAAGAAGAGGGCGGUGAACUAGGUCCACUCAUUCCUCUACCAGGAAGUGACGGCAGCGGCCUGCCCCCAGAGGAAAGUGGCGACGACGCUAGUGAUGACGGCGAUAGUGAUGACAGCAGCGACGAUAGUGAUGACACCAGUGAGGAUUGAAGCGAGGAUUAAGCCAAGAGAAUGCAGGUAUUCCAAAAUCACUUCCCUGCGGUAUGUACCUAUCCAGAAUGACGACGGUCGGUGGUGGGUGAAGCAAAAGUGUCUCACACAAAAGAAUGACAGUCCCUUCAGGCUUAGCCAGUGGCAGUACGGUAGCAAAUAGCAAUGAAUUACCCCUUUC